UUUUAAAAAAUAAUAUAUAUAUAGGUUUCAUUUCAUGUGACGUAUUUUUGAUAUCUCUACCGCCGACGACACAAGAACGCCGUUUGUUUACCGGUGAGUCUUCAGUUAGCUUUCCAAAUCGAUCGGGAAUCAUUCCUCGUCGGCCAUGUCGUUGUCGAAGGCAUGUCGUGGGACUCCGAUUUCUUCGUAUCUACACAAGUUUCAUCGAACAAAUCUUUCUACAAGGACUAUGCCUCUUGCUCCAUGCUCUCGUUACUAUUACACUCAUGGAGAUGGAGCUUAUAAAGGCAAUCAUCAUCUCCCAAACAAGAGAGGGCUUUGGGGAAGCUCAUCUUCGUUUUUAUCGAUGUUACAUGGUGGUGCUCAUCGCCAGUAUUCCACUCACUCGAUAACAGAAACCAAAUCACAGAAAAUGCUUUAUUACCUCACUGCUGUAGUCUUUGGCAUGGUUGGGUUGACUUACGCGGCUGUGCCAUUGUAUAGAACCUUCUGUCAAGCUACUGGUUAUGGAGGUACUGUUCAACGCAAAGAGACUGUUGAGGAGAAGAUUGCUAGGCAUUCAGAAUCUGGUACCGUCACUGAAAGGGAGAUUGUGGUGCAUUUCAAUGCUGAUGUUGCAGAUGGGAUGCAAUGGAAGUUCACUCCAACUCAAAGAGAGGUGAGAGUAAAGCCAGGAGAAAGCGUGCUUGCCUUUUACACUGCUGAAAACAAAAGUUCAGCUCCAAUAACUGGAGUCUCCACAUACAAUGUCACUCCCAUGAAGGCAGGAGUUUAUUUCAACAAGAUACAGUGUUUUUGCUAUGAGGAACAGCGACUUCUCCCCGGAGAACAGAUCGACGUGCCGGUGUUCUUCUACAUUGAUCCUGAGAUUGAGACUGAUCCGAGAAUGGACGGAAUCAACAACCUGAUAUUGUCUUACACUUUCUUCAAAGUGUCCGAGGAAAUUACUACAAAUACUAACUAACAAUUCUGUUGUGCAUACCCCUUAUGCAUGAAGAAGAGGCUCAUUUAUUUUAAUUAAAUAAAUGCAGUAAUGUUGGUUAAUUGAAUUUGCUGGAAACUCUUAUCGUUGUUAUGCAAUUUGUAUUUUAGUUUUUUUUGCUUCAGUUAAAUAUAAUCAAACAUGAAAUUUUAUUGAAUACUUCUUGAGUCAAAUAAAUUUAUACAACGAUGGUAACAACAACAGAGUAUUCUCGAAACAAAGCAGUAAAGAAGCUAAUCGAGACAAGAGAGACAGACAACAAUAGCAGCAAGGUGGUUAAUGAUGGGGUUGGUGUUUGAAAGUACGUAACCAGCUAUUGAGCCGUUGCAUAGCUGAAAAGUCCACCUUCUUCGGAAAAUUAGGGUAAGUAACAGUUGAUGGAGCUGGCGAAUAAGCAAUAAGAGCUUGAUAACUUGAAACAGAAGGUUACUGUUUUUGGUACAGAUAGAUUUGGCAACGAGAAAUAAAGACUCUGUUUGCCAGUUUCGUUGACGAAGAGAAGCGAGAUCAAGUUUGUUACUGAUAUCAGAAGCAGAUAUGGCAGUGUGGCACCAGGAACCACGUGAGUGUUGCUAUAAACAAGAACAGCCCCAUUGUCUGGUGCAAAAGGAAACGACUUAACAUACACAGUGAACGUCAACGAGUUGACUUUUCUGCAAUCACUCUCAAGAUUCCUGACUUUUUAUUUUAUCAUUAAUGUCGAAAAAUCAGACCAAUGUUUCAGCUUAUUUUACAUAUUAAGAUUUUGACUAUUUUGAUCGGAAACAAGUUGAAAUGUUUAUGUCAAAAUCCCAAAUCCUAAGUGAAAAUUGGAUUUAAAAAAAAAAAACAAAUAAACAGAA